UGCAUCAGACAGGGCCUGCUGGGCUGGGCCACGGCCGCUGAGGAGGAGACGUGGCCUUAUAAGUCGGAUCCAGUGAACUGGGAGGUGCCAGGAAACCAGACACAAACUAAGUUGUGGAAGGCGAGAGAGACAGUGAGGGUACUAGUAAGCCAGCCAUGAUGGCCACCUUCCCCAGAGCCGCCAGCUCGUCGCAGCAGCCCCCGGGCCCACAGGACGAAGACCCCAGCCUGGACGAGUCCGACCUCUACAGCCUGGCGUAUUCCCAGCUGGGAGUGGGAGGCCGGAAAGGUCGCACCAAGAGAGAAGCCGCUGCCCACACCAACCGCCCCAGCCCUGGUGGGCACGAGAGGAAGCUGGUGACCAAGCUCCAGAACACGGAGCAGAACAAGCGAGGGGCGCGGCCCUGAGACCGCGGGAGAGGAGGCCGGAGCACGCACCCCCCACGGCGAUGUUGGCAGGACCACGGAGGAGCCAGCGCCCGGAGGCAGGACCCGGGCCUACUCGCCCACCCGACUCCCAGGACUCCCCCACCUGCCUCAGGCUCUGAGGGGCCCCCAAGGGAGCACCUGCAGAACAAGGGCAAGAUAGGGGCAACAGGCAGGGCGGGCGUGGAGGGGCAAAGCCACGAAGGCGCCCCAAAAAGAAAGAUGCCGAGGAAACCGGAGCUCCCCGGGUGGCGCGGCAAUAAAGUGCAGCAACAGCUGUGAGCCUUG